AUGCUGGUGGUGAAAAAAUUAAAUGAUGGAGUUAGCAUACGAAAAAUUGCUGAAGAAUUUGGUUGCGGAAAAACUCAAAUUGCAAAUAUUCGUGAAAAUAUAGAAUCUGUAAAAAGGCAGUGGGAAGCGGGAGUGCCGAGUGAAAAUAAAGCGUUGAAAAGACAAAAAACGGAUUUUGAAGAGAUCAAUUUUAAAUUGUUUGAAUGGUUUUCUGAAGCUCGGUCAAAGAAUCUGCCAAUUUUGAUUUUGAGUCUUGAGGAGAGGACAGUUAAGAGGAGAGGACAGUUUGGUCAUUUCCCAAUGGUGUCCUCUCUAGAGGACUUUUACUGUAUCAAUGACAGAACAAUCGUAAACCCUUAUCUUUUUCUUAGUCAAACAAAUCUUAAUUCAAACGAGCAAUGCUAA